GUUUCAUUUAGAACAUCAUGAACGGUGUGUUUUUCACUUUCCUUAUCCUUCCAAUGUUAUCUCACUCAUCAAUGUUUGAGUCACCAGUGGGUCCCUACUGGUUUACAUUCAAUCGAUUCGAGAAAUGCCCAAAAGAAGGAACCAAAGAAAUGUUUUUUGAUUUGCACCUGAAGAAAAUGAACAGAUCGACAGUAAUUCUCUAUGGAAACUAUUCCUUCAAACGAGAAUUUGAUGACAGUAUAAAGUUAAGGAAUGAAUUCAGUUUAUGGGGCAAUGGAGGUUGGCGAUCUAAUGCCUAUAAUUUGGAUUUUGAUAGAAACAUUUGCAAAAACUUUCAAUCAGUUCUUGGUAAGACGUUUGAUAUGCUUGUGAACAAAUUUGCUUUCAACGUCCAAAAAAAUCGCUGUGUUUUUCCAAUAGGUGAAUAUCAAGUGGACGAAGUUGUUGUUUCAAAUUGGCAUUUCAAAUCUUUACCUGUACUGAUUUAUGGUUCCUACCGGGUAACAAGCACUUUCUAUUCUGUUCAAAAUGAGCUGCUCGGAUGCUUAAGAGUGGUCAUCGAUAUAAUAAGACGAUAUUGAUCUUUUAGCUACUGUAAUGAAUCAUACCCAUGUUUUUGACAUAAUGUGAACAACAUAAUAAAAUUCAUUCUCUGAAAA